GGAUCUCCCGUAUCUUACAGCAGACUUCGCCGACCACUGAUGUAGUCGCACUCUCCCGCUAACUCUCUCUGUGUUUCUCAUUCUGCACCGAGCACUCCAGUCCUCUUGGAAGUUGGCGGUGCGAGGAGUCUGACAUUUACGCGCGGGGAAAUCUACCUUCGACUUAAAUAAAGAAGUGCACUUGUUUUUGCGGGGAUAGUUGCCAUAUCCACCGUAGCUGUCUCUCUACCUGCACUAGUUCUUUACCGCCUUCUUUAGCCCGCCUUUCACAGCAGCCAUGUCCGAGGUCCUGCCCUACGGAGAGGGGAAAAUGAGCGGAUACGGAGCGGACACCGAUGUCAGUCAGAUGUCCUUCAGCUGCGGGCUGCAGGACACCAACUCGUUCUUCGGAGCUUCGCAGGCGAAAAGACCUCCAAAACUUGGACAGAUCGGCAGGGCGAAGAGAGUGGUCAUCGAGGACGACCGAAUAGAUGAGGUGCUGAAAGGCAUGACCGACAAAUCAUCACCGGGCGUUUAAACCCGCGCGAUGCCUUGCAGACAUUUCAAUUUUUUAUCACCGAUUCGAAGCACUUGUCGGUUGUGCAUGUGAAGAAGAUUGCAAAGAGAUGGAGGGACGGUGGCACGACGCUCGAACCAAGAGGAGACUAAACAAAAAGGGAAAACGAGAAUUAAAGAAGGGGGAGACGGAACUUCCUUUGGGGUUUGCUGGCAAUUCUCCAAUAUAAACGAAACGACAGCCGAAUGAAAGCUUUGAGGAAGAUGUCGGAGAUGUUGAGGCUGCGCGCGCUGCGGCUCUGUGAAUAAAGAUGGAUGGACUUGUCAUUAUUAUUCCACGACCAUCAUCUUCCAAAAGCGCUGUAAGCAACAAGAAGUUCAACCGAAGACUGAACCGCAUCUUAAGCUCUGUUACUAUAGCUGUACAGUAUCUUAGCUCAAAGACCUUCCCCUUGACACACACACACACACAAAUACACGCACACGGAUCUGCCUUGAGCGUCGACUUCAAUCCGACUGCUGCUUUUAGAGACAUUUUAGACUCCACACACACAAAGACAUGAUGAUAAACGAACUAUAUGUACGGAUGGUGCAAUGUGAAUAUUUUCUUUCGCUAUUUUGCAUCAUGUUCUUUGACACAAAUUGAGAAUAUUAUCAUACACACACGCCCACAGGUGUUGAAGCAUAUAGUCGUUUGGUGAGCUAUUGUUUUGCCCUUCACUGCAGCUGAUUUGCGCACCUGCGCCACGGAUUCACAUCAUCAGUACAAGCACAGAGGAACAUUGUGCAUUACCACAUCGUGUAAUUAACCUAACAUGAAUGCGUCUUGGUUUCUUCCGAGCAUUUUAGGUUUUUAUAUUCAGAAAUUGAUUGAUUUUUAUUUAUUUUAUUUUUUCAUCAGCUCCUCACAUUUGUUUGGUCGUGUCCAUCUCUUUGCAUGAACUUUCACUCCGGUGCCAACAGAGGUGCCACCAUGAAUCUUACCCAGGCACGCUUCUUUUUGAAAAAAAAAAAAAGUCAUAUUUGUAUUUUUAUAUCUAAAUAUUUGUUAUUUAAAAUGAUAUGCUAGUAUGUCGUCUUAAAGAUUCAUCAACAAUGAUGUUUAUAUUUCAGAGAACAAUCUUUAGACAGGGACAAGAGGAUAAUACGGUUUGGUUGGGAGUUUUUUAUUUUAAUUGAGAAAAAAAGGACUUGAUGAAUGAAUGUUUCUUGGGUUUUUUGCACACACACACACAUCCGUGUUGAACUACUGUUAUAUGGAAAUCGUAAACUGUGACUUGAGCUUUGUUGAUGAAUUUGUUAGAACAAUGGCGAUAUUAGAAAUCUACUGCACUGUUUACGGAUAUCUUCAAAUAACUUGUUGUUAUUUGACAGGUUUUUGGACAUUACGUUUUUCUUUUUUGGUUGAUUUUAUUUAUUUUUUUGCUUUGUUUUGUACCAUUAUUCUAAAGAAACUGACUAUGGUUUGUUGUGCAUGAAACCUUAAUACUUUUCAAUAAUGGAACAUCGUUUUAUUAAGCAAAAAAGCAACAAAAAAUGUCAUGACAUUCUAAGAAUGAAUCAUUGCAUAUUAAAAUACCAUUUUCACUGUAUUUGGUGAACUAAUAAAUGGUGGAAGAACAUGUA